AUGGAGGAUAUUAAUGAAAAGUCUGCUUUAAUAGUUGUUGAUAUGCAAAAUGACUUUAUUAUUGGAUCAUUAUGUAUAAAAAAUGGUCAUGCUAAUGAAGAUCCUUUAGAGAUAGUUGAACCUAUAAAUAAAUUAAUAGAAAGUAAUUAUUUUGAUUUGAUAAUUUUUACAAAAGAUUGGCAUCCAGAUAAUCAUAUAUCAUUCUAUGAAAAUAUCCAUAAUUCAGAUAGAUUAUUAUCAGAAGAAAAUAAAAAUCCUAAAUGUUUUGAUAAUGUUUUAUUUAUAAAACCAUUUGAGUAUAGGCAAAUAAUUUUUCCAAAACAUUGUGUAUCUAAUACUUAUGGAGCAGAAAUUCAUUCAGAUAUUGUUAUACCUAAAAAUUCUUAUUUUGUAAAUAAAGGAAUAGAUACAUUUCAUGACUCUUUUUCUGGAUUUUUUGAUAAUCAUAAAGUUAAUAAAACAGAACUUGAAAAUAUAUUAAAAGAAAAUAAUAUAAAGGUUGUCUUUGUGUGUGGUGUUGCAUAUGAAUAUUGUGUAUCCUCAACAGCAAAUGAUGCUUCUGAUCUUGGUUUUAAAACAUAUUUAAUCAAAGAUUGUACCAAAGGAUUAGAUUUUGAUGAAAUGAAAAAAGCAAAAGAAAAAAUGAAUGAACGUGCUGUUAUUGAAAUUACUUCAAGUGAAAUAUUUCAUCUUAAUAAUGAUUCAUAA